AUGAUGCAUAACUACCAGUCUAUCAAGGACGAAAAGGGCACAGCGCUGCCAAUAACAUCGCCACCGACAAUAAAAACAUCACAUCGUCAGCACUUAUCCGCAAGGUCACGAUUCCGCAUCUCAUUCUUCACGACUCUCUUCUUCCUCGGCACCUUUCUCCUCUAUAAAAACACUCUUCUUCCAUCAUCCCUUUGCAGCCACCACACCCACCACCCAAACAUCGCCAAAGUCCAAAAAUGCUCCAUCACAAACUUCAAAUCCGACCUCUCCUUCCUCGACAACGCGCACCCCAUCCAAGCAGAUGAAUUCCUCCAACGCAGAGACCGUCUCGCACAGGCCCUCGCCCGCAACAAAGUAGACGCCUUUGUGCUCGAACCGGGCUACACGUUCCAGUACUACGGUAACAUCUCUCAGGUCGAUUGGGAACCGUGGGAGCCUGAAGAGCGCCCCUUUCUCAUGCUCAUCAUGCCGCAGAUUUCAUCCGACGAUGGCAAAAUCUCUGCAAAGACGGCCUUUCUCUCGCCGCAUUUUGAAGAGGGCCGUGUGCGUAUGCUGGGCAUCCCGUCUCUUGAGGAGGAGCUGGACAUCGUCAUCUGGGAAGAGCACUGGAACCCAUACACAACACUGCUCGAGUCAAGACUCUUCAAGGACAUUGAGGUCCCCACGCUCAUGGUAGACGAAGAAAUGCGCGACUUCAUUGUCCGCGGUCUCGACGCCAACGGUUUCCGCACCGUCGGCCUCACCCCCGAAGCCGAGCUCGUGAGACAGCAAAAGUCCGCUGCCGAGGUCGCGCUCCUCAGGGCCGUCAAUACCGGCACCGUGGCCGCCGUGAGGGCCAUGCGGCCGUGCCUCGUGCCGGGCCUGACUGAAGACGACGUCACUUCCAUCCUGGACAAGACGUUGCUCUCUGUUGGCUUCAGCCUCUUCUUCGACAUUGUCCUCUUUGAGGAGCAUGGCGCCCUGCCUCAUGGGGGGUUCGUCACCGGCGGGAAGAAGCUCACGUAUGACUCCAUGGUUGUCAUUGACGUUGGUGCCCAUUAUCUCGGUUACUCGUCCGAUAUAUGCCGUAGCUUCCUGAUCGAUGCGCCAUCAUCAUCUUACUCUGCGGAUCCUCUACGAGCAGAAAAGGAAAAAGUCUGGCAAAUCGUCUUGGAAGCGCAAACCGCUGCAGUUGGGGCCAUGAAGCCAAACAACACUGCUGCCAGCGUUGACAUUGCUGCGCGAACAGUCAUUGAAGAUGCAGGAUAUGGGUAUGGAUUCACGCAUCGCCUCGGACAUGGCAUUGGCAUUAAAGCGCACGAGUCGCCGUACCUGAACAAGUGGAACACAGCUGCGCUUCUACAGCCCGGGAUGACAUUUACCAACGAGCCGGGAAUCUAUUUAGAAGGCAAAUUUGGAGUUAGGCAUGAAGAUAUUUAUUUGGUGAAGGAGGACGGCGAGGCAGAGCUCCUCACGGGCCAGCGAGCAAGAGGAUUGUAUGAGCCUUGA